AUGGCGUCGCCAUCGUCUUCUGAGACGUCAACCUCGAACCAAUCGCACUCGUUCUACCAGCCUCACUUUCCCAGCGCCGAAGGACGCUCUGCUCCCAAAGAUGUCCGCACCCUGCCCAUGCGACCGCGCAAUGUCGGCCCCGUUUUUGACGCCGUGCGCAUAAGCCAACCCAUCGCCGAGUUCGACAAGCAACUUCACACCACCAACUACUCCAGUUCCGACCCUGUGCCCGAUCCUGCCAGACCACCCGAACAGCCCGAUGACUUCCAAGACGCCUACCUGAUGCCUUCGCUGACCGAGAAUGAGCGUCUCCGCCUGACGCUGUUCUGGUACUACACGCACGCCAACAAGAUGCUGGAAGACAAGGACUUUCUACUUGCUCUACAGCAAAAGCUGGACCUGGUUCAGACCUUCAUGGGCUGGGACUUUGCCAUCAUGGGCUUGCUCAGCGAGGAUGUCUUCACUCGUGUUGUGACCGCCGGCUUACCCUUGGCCAUACUACCGCGUCGCGAGAGCACCUGUUCACAUACCAUCAACCAGCCACCCGGCACCGUCUUCAUGCUUCCCAACAUGGCCAGUGAUUGGCGCUUCAAACACUCGCCUCACGUCGAGGAGGGCGGUCUGCGUAGUUACGCUGGUACUAUGCUCCGCUGCAAGGCCGACACUGGUGAAGACGUUGCUCUCGGCAGUCUUUGCAUCGCUUCCAAUUCCGAGCAGCCCCCACUCACCCCCAGCCAGCAAGACGCUCUGGUCCGUUUCUCCGACAUGAUUGCGAGUGAAAUUAACCAUGUAUUGGAUAUCAUUGCUCGGGUCUACCCUGACGCCGUAGUCGCCAUUCAAGACGCUCCUGCCAACAACACCAUCUUCCUACCAAACCACGCCCCAGUCAAAUGCGACGAUUUCCACGACGGUCUAUGGGAAGACUCGGAGAUCAUAGAAAACUUGAUUGUCACACAGAAUCAGUCUCAACUUGUCUCUGAAUCAACGGUUCGUGCAAUUGUGCACCCAUGUCAGAGAAUCCCUACCACUAAAUAUCUUGUCCUUGCUUCAACAAACGUCCAGUUCGUAUUUGACGAUGUGGAUUCAUGGUUCAUCGAGAAGUGUGCAAGCUUGAUGGCGAACUCUACUCAGGAGAGCCGUCUUAAGGAGGCGCUGACAGCCAAGGAGGCUUUCCUCCGAGGCAUAACACAUCAAUUGAGAACACCUAUCCACGGCGUCUUAGGCUCAUGCGAACUGCUUUUCGAGGAGCUGGCCAGCCGGGACAUGUUAUCAGCAGGUGCUUCCGGGCUGAAUCCUUCUUCCGUUCUUAGUGCCAUCAGGGACUCUGGCCGAGAGUUGAUGUCUACCGUCAACAACAUGCUCAAACUCAAUCGCUGGGCCGAAGAGACUGGUGGCUCUUUGCAACCUGCUUCGCUUCUGAGUUUGAAUCUGAUCGAAGCGGAGAUUAUCUACGAAGUACAGCAAUCGAUACCUGAGCAAGAGCUAUCUCAGAUCUCUGUCAUGUUUGAGAACAGGCUCGGGACUGAUGAGAGUAUGAUCGUAAUGGAUCUCUCGUUGCUGAAGGAGUGUAUUCAGGCGCUUGUCCAGAACGCAUUAUCGUAUACUGACACUGGAGCUGUCAUUGUUGUCAUAAUGGCAUCUUCUGACUACACAAGACUGAUUUUCGAUAUCAAGGAUACUGGAUACGGCAUUGCGCCUGAAAAUCAAGCGCGGAUAUUCGACGCCUACGAGAAGGUGGACACGCAUACUAGAGGAGCAGGUCUCGGUCUUACUCUUUCAGCGAAGAUUGCCAAUGCUAUGAAUGGCAGCGUGACGCUGAUUUCCUCCAGACAAGACACAGAAGAUCGAGGAUCGCUGUUCCGCGCAGAGUUCCUGAAUCCAGGCUUUGCUUGUCCGCUCAUUCGUCCUGUUCCUUUUGACGCAGACUUCAAGGAUCUUCCCAGGAGCUUUCAUGUUGUACCGGCCAAGUCACAGCGACCAGAACUCGUCUUACACUUUGCAUCUUAUCUGAAUCAUCACGGAUUCGCGGACUCGGAAACGUCUGACGACUCCUUUGUAAUACUGACUUACACGCCAGAUGCGGAUGAAUUUCGUCGCUUCGUUUCUGAAAUUGAUACGAGACAAGUCGCUGUUUGUCUUGUACCUGCUGGGGCUACCACAGAAAAGCUUCAUGGCGUCCAUGAAGUGCGAUUCUUCUCAGGACCCUUCCUUACAUCUCGUCUGGAGGAGAUCACAACAGAACUCAACACCGUGUACAAACGACUUCACUUUGACCCGGAGGCUGGCGAAACCGCCUCGGGAUUGGCAAAUCGCAAUGACGCUCACCGUACGUCUGGAACUGAAAGCGGACUUGACCCAGCAGAUGCACAACCAAUGGCACUGUUGGUCGAUGACAAUGUCGUUAACCUACGCAUCAUGCGCAUGUACUGCGAAAAGCGCAAGAUCCAAUACCUCACCGCCAUGGAUGGCGCAGAAGCAGUCAAUGUCUUUGAGUCAUCGCUCGAGACACGGCCCAUCAAUCUCAUCCUCAUGGAUCUCCAAAUGCCAGUAUGCGAUGGCAUAGAAGCAACGCGGCGGAUUCGUGAAAUCGAAACAGAGAAAGCUCUACCUAGAUCUGCAUUAUUCAUCGUUACGGGCCAGGACACUGUGGCUGACAAGCAAAGCAGCUUCCAAGCUGGAGCCGAUGAGUUUUACGUCAAGCCUUUGGGGCUGAAGACGUUGGAUAAGGGCAUCAAGGAGUACUUCCCGGCUGUUGCGCAUGAAACAAAGACUGCUUCGCAAGUAGUCAAUGGGACAAAAGCAGCGGGCAAGGCUUAA